AUGGUCGCCACACGUCCGGAUCUAGCUGCUGCAGUGGGAUCAUUAUCCCAGUUCUCGUCCGACCCAUGCCCGACUCACUGGCAAGCUUUGAAGCGUGUGCUGAGAUACCUGCAAGCAACGCCCAAUCAUGGUCUUGAGUUUACACGUGAAGAAGGAAGCCGUAUCUGCGGGUACACCGACGCAGACUGGGCCGGCGACAUUGAGUCAAGACGAAGUACAAGCGGCUAUGUGUUCAUGAUGAGCGGAGGAUGCAUCAGCUGGAAAAGCCAGAAACAACGGACGGUCGCGCUAUCUUCAACAGAAGCAGAAUACAUGGCGCUUUCCGAAGCAACCAAAGAAGCAGUAUGGCUCAAAGUGCUUUUGGGGGAACUUGGUGAGAUGACAAGCGACGAAGCGAUCAAGAUGCAUGAAGACAACCAAGGAUCAAUCGCUCUCGCCAAGAACCCGGAGUUCCAUAAGAGAACAAAACACAUCGACAUACGCUACCAUUUUGUGCGUGAGAAGGUGGAAUCAGGUGAAGUCGUUUUGGAGUAUUGCCCGACUCAAGAUAUGCUGGCAGACAUGAUGACCAAGCCGAUCGCCGCUGUACAAUUUGAAAACAUUCGCGAUCGACUUGGGAUCCAUGGUGCCGCAGCUAACGAGUCGAGAGGGAGUGUUGAAAAGACAGCGGCUGUGAAGAAGACACCUCGUCAAGCUGCGUCAAGUGUUGAAGCAAGUGGAAGACCAAGCUUCGCUAUACCGGUGGGUACCGGUAUGUACCAGUAA